AUGGAGGCGGAGACGGAGGGGACCUUCGAGAGGAACACCAAGCCGAGGCUGGACGACCAUCCGGGGGCGACGGCGGCCAGCCUGCUCACCGACGAUCUCAUCCUGGAGAUCCUCUCCCGUCUCCCCGCCAGAUCCGUCCACCGCUUCAAGUGCGUCUCCGUGCUCUGGCGCGACCUCAUCGCCGCCAACCGCAACAAGCUGCCCCACACCCUCGCCGGCUUCCUCUACAGGACCAUCAGGAACGCUCGCCGCCACCACUUUGCCAGCGUCUCCGGCGGCGCCAUCCCGUUCGACCCUUGCCUUCAGCCUAACAAGUACAAGGACAUGACCCAGGUAGACUCCUGCAAUGGCCUCCUCCUCUACCGCAGCUGCGCCAACAGGGAUGAUUUCCGUCUUGUGGUGUGCAAUCCCGCCACCGGGAGGUGGGUGGAGUUACCCCCAAAGCCACAGGCGCCGGCGAGUACAAGUAGCCGUACCAUAGGCUUGGCUUUCGAUCCGGCCGUAUCGCCCCAUUUCCACGUUCUUUGUUUCGAGCAGACCUUGCAGGAAACUUACAUGACAGGAGUGAACAUCUACUCGUCGCAGACAGGAGCCUGGAGUCUUAGGGACAGUGGGACGGUUGAGAAAGUCACCCUCUUCCUCGGGAGUAGUAAAUGUGUCUCUGUCGGCGGUAUGCUGUACCUGAAUGGGAAGCUGCACAUCCGCGGCGAUUUUGUGCUGGUGGGCGUGGGCAUGGAGGGGAAAGUGUGGACAACCACCCCCUUGCCGUACCCUCGAAUGUUUGGUAUGACUGGAUCGUCUCAAGGGUGCUUACACUAUGCUAUACCUCCUGCCGAUGAUAACAAUAGAAUCAUGUUCUCUAAGAGAGAAAUCUGGUGCCUCAAGGAUCACAAUAGUAAAGAAUUGGUCUUGAAGCAUACUGCCAACAUCGAUAAGCUUAUGACCGGGCAUAGUUAUAGGGUGGUUGGGAUUCAUCCAGAUUGCGAUACCAUCUUCCUGAUCUCAUAUGAAGAUGAUACCUUGGUAUCGUACGACAUGCUGCAUCAGAAAGUUGACCGUAUAGUUAAUCUUGAGAAAGAUGAUGCAGACCAAUUUCUACCCUAUGUUCCUCUGUUCUCAGAGUCAUUAGCAGAUUGA